GAAACGCGCGCGCGACGAGCCGCCUCACCUGGAAGAUAAUAAGAAAUAUAUAUAUCGACAACUACACCCUUCGACAAGCGAUGUCGUCAAGGCCGUCCGCGGCGAACACCUACACCCGCUCCGCCAUCCUGGCGUGGGCGAAUGCCGUCUUGCAACGGUCACACCUUACCUUCCACGACAUCCCGUGCCACGAUGUCGCGUUGCUCCUGUUCGGCAUUUUUCACGCCACCGACGUUCAAAUCGAGUCGUGCGUCAGCACCAAUGACGCGGUCGGUGUGCCGCUGCUGUCCGCUGCGGAGCUGCGCAGGCACGAUGCAGUGCACCGCGUCACGUGUCGGCGAUACCUGCAGCUCCUCCAGUUUCCACCAGCAGUCACAACGACAGCAGCAGCAGUAGUGGGUAACGCCUCCAGCGCGGCGUCGGUGUCUUCUGCUGUCGCCGCAUCCGUUGUCGCCUCGGCGGAAGACCGGAGUGGCAGCAAUGCGGUGACGCAGCUGCGAAACGCAGAGCACGUUCUCGCGCUGAUUCGCGCGCUCAGCUCUGAAGAGGCGGAGCAGCUUCGUGCUGGCAACUCCUGCUCGGACGGGCCGAAGGAGCAGGACGGCGACAUCGACGCAGAGGGCGCGGUGAACACCGGAAAUGCCGCCAACGUGGUGCUUCUCCUCGGUCCGUCCAUGACGGCCAACGCGUGGCUCGGUGGCAACGCCUUUGUGGAGGAGCUGAAGCUGUGGCGGUGGGUGCGGCUCAUGGCGGACCGUCACCGAUGCACAGUGACGUCCAUUCGCACCACCAUCGCAGCGUACCUCCAGCACGAUGUCCUUGAACCGCUGCGCGCUGUUCCGCCGACGGUGUCGUCGUCAUCGUUGUUGUCCACCGUCUGUGGGACAGCGGGAAAGCGUUCUCGGUCAAGCUCGCCAGAGCCAACAGAGGAGCAGGAUGAAGGGGGAGAAAAAGAGCACGCUGAGGACUCCUCCAUUGGACAGACACACACGGCGACGGGCCGUCACGCAGAUGGGCUCAACGUUUCAGAGAACACCGCGGAGGUGCAGCAACAGCAGCGGCGGCGGCUUGAUGCUUCCCAACCCCCCGUGGCUCCGCUCCUCACCUCCACAGCAUCUACAACCCCGUUCUACGGGUCGGUGUCUCCUGUACAUGCGCUGCUCUCGCCCAUCCGCGGCACCGACCGACACGAGCGCGAUGACGGCGAAAGCCUCUCCUGCUCUUCGACCUCCGCCGCCGCAGCAGCGCUCGCCCUUCACGAGGCAACGGAGGCCACGACUACCUCGUACGUCGCACAGACGCUCCCGCUGCAGAACGCGUUGCGUGUGGCGCGGUCAACGUUGGAGUGCACGCUUCGCGACGCCGCCACCGUGACGGCCGCUGAUACAGAAGUCGUAUCGGCACACUCCUCCACCGGAGCAGCGGAAAACCUGUGUGACGGUGCUGGCCAGAUGUCCCUCCACCCUUCUGCACCGCCGGCUGUCCACAAUAACGGUGAAGCGCAGGAGGUGCUGUGUCGUCGGCGGAUGGUCGAACACGUCUUUCCGGUCACCGCCAUCACAGAUGGUCGUGCACAAGCGGACACGCGUCGUGGCAGCGGGGGAAGCGGUGGUGGUGCGGUGCCGAACUCGUCUGCGUCUGCGCUCACGGCGCCCUCCUCUUGUUGUGUGUGUCCGGCCGUGAUGGCGCACGCUAUUCAAUGUAACUUGAACGCCAUCGAUGCGUUGGAGGAGGCCCGAGUGAAGGCGAUAGCGGCGUGCAUGAAGAAAGACCCGGUGGCGCUGCUGGCUGCCCUGCAGAGUAUUGUGUGA